UGAGCGAGGAGAGAAACAUGUGACUUUGCCGACUCGCCCCUUCUGUGUCAGAGACAUUGCACUUUUCCCAGCAGAUGAGAGAGAGAGAGAGAGAGCGUCCCACCGGGAGGCAAAGACACUCCACACCUUCAUGGAGGAACUUGUACCCCUAAAAAGCUGAUGUUUGCGUGACAGCAUGUGUGGGAGCCGUGGAAGAGACGCACUUGGGCGUUACGAUGAGGACUUCUCCUUUGUCAGCCCUGUGGUCAAAUAUCUGCUCUUCAUAUUUAAUUUCAUCUUCUGGCUCAUCGCCAUGGCCAUGAUAGGAAUUGGGGUGUACGCCCGCGUCGUCAAGCAUGCAGAGACGGCGUUGGCGUGUCUCACCGUGGAUCCGGCCAUGAUGCUGCUGGUGGUCGGCGUCCUCAUGUUUAUCAUCACUUUCUGCGGCUGUGUGGGUUCGCUGCGGGAGAACAUUUGCCUGCUGCAGUUUUUCUGCAUCAGUCUGACGAUCAUCUUCUUGAUCCAGUUGGCUGCUGGUGUGCUGGGUUUCAUCUUCUCUGAUAAGGCCCGAAACAAAGUGACUCAAAUGGUCAACAACGCCAUCGUGCACUACAGAGACGACAUCGACCUGCAGAACCUCAUCGAUUUUGGCCAGAAAGAAUUUGGUUGCUGUGGAGCUGUGACCUACACUGACUGGUCCAACAACAUGUACUUCAACUGCACUGACAACAAUCCCAGUCGGGAACGUUGCUCUGUCCCUUUCUCCUGUUGCAUCAGUACCAAAGACAAGGUGGAGGUGAUUAACACCAUGUGCGGUCAAGGAGUGCAGGAAGUGGAAUACAUCGAAGCCGGCAACGUCAUCCACACCAACGGAUGCAUCGACAAAGUGGUGGACUGGAUCCACAGUAACCUUUUCCUGCUGGGAGGCAUCGCACUGGGGUUGGCCAUCCCUCAGCUGGUGGGCAUCCUGCUGUCCCAGAUUCUCAUCAACCAGAUUAAAGAUCAGAUUGAGCUGCAGAACUACAACCUCAGGCACCGCGCCGACCCCUGGAGAUGACCAAUCCGAGCGGCCCCUCAUGCACAUGUGACACCAGCAAGAUUUUUUUAAUUUUUUUACCUCUUCUCUGGACCACAACUUGUUGAUUUCAUGCAAUGGCGUCAAGGUAUUCCCCCCCCAACAAGGAAGUAGAUGCAAAUACAGGUUGUCCCAAAAGUCACAAUACACUUCGUAAGGUCAUCAGGAUUUGACAGUUUAAGCUUUGCACUUUUUCUUUUCAGCACCGCUUUGAGAAGCUAUGUUAUAAAGAUUCACAAACUGCCACUGAACAGAGUUGCAUUUGAGGACCAAAAUAAAUAAAAAAACUUCUUGCCAGGGGACUUUCGCAAUGCUGCUCCAAUGCCAAAUAUCGCGAGCCAAAUAAACGAUGUGCUAACUAAAACUGCAAAGUCCAAACUGUCAAAUGCUGAUGGCCACACAUCUGUCCGAAUGAUACCUAAGACGAAAUAGUCAACUGGCAGUGUAUAUAGUGCCUUUUGGGGCAUUACAGCUACAGAAAAACUGCAGUACUCGAAAACUACCAUGUGCCUUUUUCAAUGUCAAAUGUGUUUUCUACAGACAAUCUAGUACAACAAACUAAUACAAAUCAUUAGUUUCCUUGCAGCAUCACAUUGUCUACUACGCUGCUAUAUAAAAUGACUAAUACUGUAUGAAAACAUUGUUUCACUACAGUGCCAUCUUGUGGGUCUGUUUGCCCACUGGUCCAAUUGCCCCUUAUCCAAACUCGCCACUGCUGUGAGUGAAAGUAUGAAAAAUGUAUUUUGUCAUACUUUCAACUGGCUCAAGAAGAAAACUCAUGCAUCCUAGUUUUUGUGCAUAUGUGUUGCAUGUCUUUGGAAAUUAAUUUUAGGUGGGUACAGUAUUAGCAGCUGUGGACUAAAAAGCAUAUGUGCACGUGUGUUUUGUUGGCAUCUAUGAUGCUGCAUAUGUGCAAAAAGGGAAGAAAAAAAAAAGUUAUUUUUGCAGACUUUUUUUGUUUGAUAGAAAUUUGUUUUGCAAUGCCGAUGUUACCUAGCCAAGAUUUUAGCUGCAGCUGAUGCUUUUUAUUUCAUGUUACAUGAGUGUUUUUAGAUUUUUAAUAUUGGAUGCUGUAUUUAAGACAUACCUCUAUGUUACAAUUCCCAAAAAGUUUUCGUAUUAAGUAUAUUUAAGUCUUUUACUGUGCCACGUGACAGCAAAAAUGCCUUCUCGUGAAAGAGAGACACAAAGACCUGCACAUUUCUUGACUGAAUAAACUUGGUUCACUGUA